AUGAACACAGCUGUGGGCUUGUAUGCCCGGGCAUCUGCAACCUCGAGCCUGACUCCCUACGAUUACUGCAGCGGUCAAGACUCUAUCUGCAGUGCAUUUGAAGACCUGGAUCGCGACUGUGCCGACGAAAAUGGCGCCGACUACUACGAAUGUAUUUGCGUAUCUGGAUGGGUUCCGACAAGCCAGGCGUGUGGAUAUUGCCUGUACGCAUUAGGCCUGUCAGAGCGAGUACGAGAUCCUCGAAACUUUUCCGAAAUCUGCAGCGACGAAGGCUUCACUGUUGCGCCCAUGCCCUCAAGCAUUAUGUCGGAGCAAAAAGAGCGGAAUAAGACGAUUGAUGUGCCUGAACCGGAACAAGAGACGAGCACGACCCCGACAUUCACGUUUGACAUGCCUCGCAAGACCACCCACGAGGCCGAGACGAUAACGUUUCGUGGAACACCCACUGUUUCGCUCCCGGAAAUCACGCAGAAAGAAUCAAAUAGCGGAUAUUGCUAUAGCUUCGGACUGGGAAGAGUACUAGUUUAUAGCAUGGUAUUAAGUUUGAUUAUGGUAAUAUAUAUCUAA